ACGCUCAGGAAGUGAAGUUUGUGGUUUUGGGGGCUGAGCUCGGAAGGAGUUUUGAAAGAAAAAAAAAAAAAAAAGGCAACCAGAGAGAGCGCGGUCUUCCAAAAGCAAGACUCAGUUUGAAAAGGGGCUGGAGAGAGCAGCGGCUCCAGCGUGCGGACCCGUGCAUGGGUCCAUCUGCUUCGACGACAAAAGAAACACAAGCAGGGGGAGAAGAGGUGUCAUUCCAGAAGGAUUCCUGGGAAGAGACAUCAAUCAGUGCCGGGAGAGUAUACGGAUGGCCAGGUCUCCUCCGAGGUCGCAGCUUGGAAGCCGAGCAGGUGUGACCCUGGAGUGAACUUGGUCCUCGCGGAGCCUGGAAAGAGGAACGGAGAGUUGGUUGCGGUUGGAGGAGCAGGGGCAGCAGGGAUAACGGCGAAGUGAGGAUGCCUCGGUCCUUCCUUGUGAAGAGCAAGAAGGCUCACAGCUACCACCAGCCGCGAUCACCGGAUCAGGACUACGGCCUCCGCUUGGAGAAUGUGCUGGCGCAGAUCUGUGCAGACAGCAACAUGCCAGGGGACUCGAGCCCGGGACCUUCUGAUCCCGAGCCUCAAGGACCUAUCUCCCCAGAGUCCCAACUGACUGAGGCCCCUGACGCAGUCUCAGUGUCUCCAGCCAGCUGUGAGGGCAGCGUCUGCGAUAGAAACCCGGAGUUUGAGGAUUUCUGGAGGCCCCCAUCGCCUUCCGCAUCUCCAGCGUCCGAGAAGUCCGUGUGCCCCUCCUUGGACGAGGCCCAGCCUUUCCCGGUGCCCUUCAAGCCCUACACGUGGAACAGCCUGUCAGGCUCCGACCUGCGGCAUCUGGUGCAGAGCUACCGACCUUGCCACGCCCUGGAGCGAGGAGCUGGGCUGGGCCUCUUCGGCGAACGGAACCCGGAGCCCGGCGCCCCGGCCGCCCUCUACGGCCCGGAACGGGGCUGCGGCGGCGGCGGGGCUUCCGAGGGCAGCGGCAGCGGGGGCAGCGGCGGCGCCGCCCUGGGCCUCUACAGGGACUUCGGUCCUGCUGCGGUGGCGGCGGCAGCCCGCUUAUACGAGCGACCGCCGGCGGCGGGCGGGCUCUACCCGGACAAGGGCUCGGGCAUCAAGGUGGAGUCCGAGCUGCUCUGUACUCGCCUCUUGCUCAACAACGGUUCCUACAAGUGCAUCAAGUGCAGCAAGGUGUUCUCCACUCCCCACGGCCUCGAGGUGCACGUGCGCAGAUCCCACAGCGGCACGAGACCUUUCGCCUGCGAGAUGUGCGGGAAGACCUUUGGGCAUGCGGUGAGCCUGGAGCAGCAUAAAGCCGUGCAUUCGCAGGAACGAAGCUUUGACUGUAAGAUCUGUGGUAAAAGCUUCAAGAGAUCCUCUACUCUCUCCACUCAUCUGCUUAUCCACUCUGACACCCGGCCCUACCCUUGUCAGUAUUGUGGGAAGAGGUUCCACCAGAAAUCCGACAUGAAGAAACACACCUUUAUCCACACAGGUGAGAAGCCCCACAAAUGCCAGGUGUGUGGUAAAGCAUUCAGCCAGAGCUCUAAUCUCAUCACUCACAGCCGAAAGCACACUGGCUUUAAGCCCUUUGGUUGUGACCUGUGUGGGAAAGGCUUCCAGCGAAAGGUGGAUCUCCGGAGACACAGAGAGACGCAGCAUGGGCUGAAGUGAGUCCAAGUCAGAAUGCUGAAGCCUCAGUCAACACUAUUGGGAACAGACCCUCCUUUUUCUGUCUCAUCCUUCCCCAGGUCCCUGUAUCCCAUCUCUACCCCUCAAGCUCUACUUCUCUUUCAAAUCAGAGAUCUAAUGACUUCUCCUUACUUCUCUCAAGUACCCAGAAGGCAUAACAGAAGCUUUUAAAAAGUACUUCGACCUAAAGUGGAAGCUAACAGACUUGUUGUGUCUUGAAAACACUGGACAAGCUUGUAUUCCUGAAACCUCAGACUCAGGCUGGGAUCAGACAACUCCAGCCACCCCAUACCUCUGCUCACCCCCCCUACAACUCCACCCUUCCACCAAGCUAAGAAGUCCUCCAGCUGGAAACCGGGUUCUUCCCUCCACCUUUUCCCUGACCAUUUGAUUAAUACUUAAGUAAUAGAAGGUUACACUGCUUACAAACCAGAACAGUUUUAAUAGUUUUGAAGGAAAGGUGAAUGAGAGGGGCUUUAUUGCUACUUUUUCUUCCAUGGAGUUUUUCAAAAGACCUAUGUCCUUUCAAGUCUAUUAAGCUAUCUAGAAGCACACAGACUGACCCUCUGUGCGCUUGCAGGCUUGUUCAGAAGUGGAAAUGAUUGCUACGAUAUGCUACACAACCAUAAGCUUCAUCAAGGCACCUAUGCCAGGCUGGGUAGGAGAAUGAAGGGUAUGGCGUUUGCCUGAAGAAGUUUGAGUGUUUCCCUGUGGGAAAACAAUGGACCAAGGAUUUACCAAUGACAGCUAAAGAACAGAAUGGUAUUUAACUACUAGACAGUCAUCUGUUGAACAAAUAUCUACUAAGCACCUGCUGUAUUUGAGACAUUGACCUAAGGCAUUGUGGGGGAUAUCAAGAUGAGCAGUACAAAGAUCUUUUGAUAUAAAGACCAAGAUUGGUCAUGAUCAUUGCCAUGCCCUGGGAGAGGCAGUGACCAGAGAAAAGACCCAGAGGGCACUACUGACUUUUCUAGAGAGAUUGGAAAGUAGCCGAAAGACCAUUUCAAGGACAUGUUUGUAACUUUUUGUUGUUGUUUUGUUUGUUUGUCUUUUUAAUUCUUAAGCCCGUAUUUGUUAAAACCUCUGGACCUGCAGACGUGUGUGUGAUCGGUGGAUUCUGCCUUAAACACGUUUGCAUGUACCUUAGAGGAGAAGAGUGAGGUGUUGACUUUGACAAAGUUUGUCAGUCUCUGUAGAUGUUAUGGAGUGGAUUAUGUUUAUUGAAACAUAUUUAUUAGAGUAACAUUUAAGUUAAUAAAGUAUUGAGAAUGUA